AUUGAACACAGAAAGGAGAAAAAGUCGGCUGGACACGGACACGGAGGCUGAGCUCUGAUCCUGAUCGGCGAUGGCGACCAGCGAUUCUGAAUUCAAUUCCGAUCUCCUUCUCGCCCACAAGCUUCCCGAGACGCGAUACACCUACAACGAAAGAGAUGUUGCAAUCUAUGCUUUGGGAAUUGGUGCUUGUGGCCAAGAUGCUGUUGAUUCGGAUGAGCUCAAGUUUGUGUAUCACAGAGAUGGCCAGGAUUUUAUCCCGGUCUUACCAACUUUUGCUUCACUAUUCACGCUUGGAUCUUUGACAAAGGGACUGGAUUUGCCGGGUUUUAAAUAUGACCCUAGUCUCUUGUUGCAUGGACAGCAGUACAUAGAAAUAUACAAGCCAUUACCUUCAAAGGCAUCAUUAAUUAACAAAGUAAGCCUUGCUGGAUUGCAAGAUAAAGGUAAAGCAGCUAUCCUUGAACUAGAAACCAGAAGUUAUGAGCAAGGGUCUGGGGCACUGUUAUGCAUGAAUAGGACGACAGUAUUUCUAAGAGGUGCUGGCGGUUUCUCAAAUUCAUCUCAACCAUUUUCUUAUAAAAAUUAUCCAAGUAACCAGGGUUUAGCUGUAAAAAUCCCACAAAGACAACCUUUGACGGUAUGCGAAGAGCGCACCCAACCAUCACAGGCAUUGCUUUAUAGGCUAUCUGGUGAUUAUAAUCCUCUGCAUUCAGAUCCAGAAGUUGCGAAACUUGCCGGAUUCCCUCGCCCGAUAUUGCAUGGGUUGUGCACACUGGGUUUUGCAAUCAAGGCAAUCAUCAAGUGUGUUUGCAAGGGUAACCCAGCCGCUGUCAAAACCAUAUCUGGGCGAUUCCUCACGACUGUUUUUCCUGGCGAAACUCUGGUAACCGAAAUGUGGCUUGAAGGCUUGAGGGUUAUAUAUCAGACGAAAGUGAAGGAGAGGAACAAAACUGUGUUAUCUGGUUAUGUUGAUAUACACAGCUUACCUUCGUCGCUUUAAAAUUUAAGGUCCUUAUAUAGUUAUAUUGUCCAUGUAAGGAGUGUCAUAAUGUUGCAAAAGGCAACAAAUAUUUAAGAAGGCAAACAGCUACAUGAACUGGUUUUUGUUCCUGAAUAUGUCCUCUUUGAUGUCUGUCACGAUGAAUGAAAAUUGUUGAUUGUAUCGUUUGUGUUCUACUAAA